UUUACCCAAACUAAGUCGGGUAUUAUUAUUAUUAAUUUUUUUUUUUUAAUUUAACCCCCCGUUUAUUUUGUACAAAUUUUAUUCUAUCCCAACCAAAAACUUGAAGAAGCUGAUCGUGAAGCACAAUAGUCACAAAGUCUACUGCUGUUCUUUGUUGAAGAUGGAAAGAACACAUGAGGAUAGCAGCAAGGGUUUAAUCCGUGUUCUCUUUUGUGGGUCUCAUUUUCCCAGUUCUCAUAAUUAUACCAGUGAAUACUUGCUCAACUAUCCAUUUGUUCAGGUUGAUGUCGUUCCAUGUGAAGAUGUACCUAAAGUUAUUAGCAACUACCACAUUUGUGUUACUAAAAUGAUGAAGUUCGAUUUUGAUUUGAUCUCUCGAGCAAGUCAGAUGAAGCUCAUAGUGCAGUUUGGUGUUGGCCUUGAUGGUGUGGACGUUGAUGCUGCCACAAAACUUGGAAUAAAAGUUGCAAGGAUACCAAGUGGAGUGACUGGAAAUGCAAUGUCGUGUGCAGAAAUGGCUAUAUACCUAAUGUUAGGCCUUCUUCGCAAGCAGAAAGAGAUGCAGAUUGCAGUUGAUCAUAAAAAGCUUGGAGAGCCAACUGGAGAUACACUCCUUGGAAAAACAGUUUUCAUCUUGGGCUUUGGGAACAUUGGUCUGGAAUUGGCUAAGCGCUUGCGCCCGUUUGGUGUAAGAAUUAUUGCCACAAAACGCAGUUGGCCAGAAAAUUCUAGCCAGUUGAAUGGUGCAAGUGAGGAUCUUGUCGAUCAGAAAGGUGCUCACGAGGACAUUAAAAAAUUUGCGAGCAUUGCAGACAUUGUUGUUUGUUGUUUGUGUCUCAAUAGCGAAACUGUCGGUGUUGUGAACAAGUCAUUCUUAUCUUCGAUGAGAAAGGGUUCACUUUUGGUAAAUGUUGCUAGAGGUCGUCUUCUAGACUAUCAGUCCACUCUACAUUCCCUUGAGUCUGGUCACCUAGGAGGUUUGGGCAUUGAUGUUGCUUGGACUGAGCCAUUUGACCCUGAUGACCCUAUUUUGAAGUUCAAUAAUGUGAUCUUCACUCCUCAUGUUGCUGGAGUUACUGAACACUCUUAUCGGUCUAUGGCUAAGUGUCUUAAUGCAGGAAUAGAAAUAGAAGAGACUAGUGAAUCGUAGAGGAUUUCGUGCAAGAGCUACACGAGAAGAGCCUGUUUAGCGAAGACAACCUAGGUGAGGAUCCACAUAAUCACACGAGGACGAUUCACUGGAAGACAAGAAUGGUAGUUGGAGCUAAUGUGACUUGACAAAGGCUGCAAUCGCCGUUGACAUGUUCAAAAGAAUAGAAGUUUUCCUCUGAAAGUUGCCUACAUAAAAUAUCCUUCUAGCUCAAGAGAAAGUUUGAAUGGACCUACAAAGGCACUUGAAUGGGCAAAACCCUAGAGAGUGGUGGAAAUGAUUCCUUUCCACGGGCUGUAAAGAGAUUUAUUCUUCUUAUUCGAUCAUGCUGCGAGUGAGAGUUUGAAGUUUGAAAGGAGGGAAGUCCAUUUCCAUUUUCCCCCAACUUUUAAUCACUUUCCAUUCUCUUUUCUUUCCAUUUUUGUAUUCUUCGUAAAAUAUGUUGUUCAUACUGUACAAUGGUCGAAGACCUAUAUUCUUAUAAGUAUAUAUUACAUGUUUAUACCUCUUCAA